AUGUCCAGUGCUGAUAUUCAUGCGAGACCUCCAAAUGCUACUUUAUCACCAUAUGCUGCUCCAGCAAAAUCUGUUCAUGUUGAAGACACUCCAAAGCGUCCUGCUGAAAGCACUGAUUUGCAAUAUUGGCGUUAUGAUGUCAAGCGGCAACGACAAGGGCAAACUGAUGGAAGUCUAUUGUGUUUCAAAUAUACAUCCUCAGGGUCCUGUCCUCGAGGGAGUAAAUGCAACUUCAGGCAUGAUGAGGAAGCCAGGGAACACUGUCAGAGAAAUGUCUGUUUUGAUUUUCUAAACAAGGGAAAAUGUGAGAGGGGCCCUGAAUGCAGGUAUGCUCAUAGCCUUACUGAAGAGGCUGCUGCAAUGGAUGCAAAACCCCGUAGGUGA